AUGAAUCUCCCUAACGAAACCAGAGCCGGGAGAAGUACAGAACAUUACAUUUUCGCACUUGGCACCUACAAACUUCUCGCUUUUACCAUUGGGACUAUCGGAGUAUUCGGCUUUUGCAAUAACGUCUUUGUCAUAAUACUCUACUGUAGGUUCAAAAGACUCCGGACGCCUACCAAUUUGCUGCUGGUCAACAUAAGUUUGAGCGAUUUACUAGUUUCUGUCAUCGGAAUAAACUUUACCUUCGCUUCGUGCGUUAAAGGCGGAUGGAUUUGGAGCCAGUCGACGUGCAUCUGGGACGGCUUCAGCAACAGCUUAUUUGGCAUCGUUUCCAUCAUGACUCUGGCGGCCCUGGCUUAUGAGCGCUAUAUCCGGGUGGUCCAUGCACAGGUGGUGGACUUCCCCUGGGCGUGGCGAGCCAUCGCCCACAUCUGGCUCUACUCCCUGGCCUGGACAGGUGCUCCCCUGCUCGGGUGGAACCGCUACACUCUAGAGAUCCACAGGCUGGGCUGCUCUCUGGACUGGACCUCGAAGGACCCAAACGAUGCCUCGUUCAUCCUCUUCUUCCUCCUGGCAUGUUUCUUUGUGCCUGUUGGUGUCAUGAUCUACUGCUAUGGGAACAUCCUGUAUACAGUGCAAAGGCUGCGCUCUCUCCAAGACCUCCAAACGGUUCAAAUCAUCAAGAUUUUGCGUUAUGAGAAGAAAGUCGCCGUGAUGUUUCUCCUGAUGAUAACCUGCUUCCUGGUUUGUUGGACACCCUACGCUGUCGUCUCCAUGAUGGAGGCCUUCGGCAGGAAGAGCAUGGUCUCUCCCACUCUGGCCAUCAUCCCAUCAUUCUUUGCCAAGUCGAGCACGGCAUACAACCCCCUCAUUUACGUCUUUAUGAGCAGAAAGUUCCGCCGCUGUUUGCUGCAGCUGCUCUGCUCUCGGAUCUCUUGGCUGCAGCGGAACCUCAAAGAGCGCCCCCUGGCUCCGAUCGAGCGUCCCAUCCGACCGAUCGUUGUGUCCAGUACGUGCAGCAGCACCAAGGCGCGACCCAAGAAGAGGGUGACCUUCAAUUCCUCCUCAAUCGUCUUCAUCAUCACCGGCGAUGACUUCCAGCACCUGGAUGUGACCUCCAAGGCUGGAAACUCCACGCAGUUCAAUGUUAUCCAAGUGAGGCCACUGUGAGCCAAAAACACCGAACUUCUCACCCCACCACUCCGUAUGCCUUAGGACCUAACAUGCAACUCCAAGCCAAAAUAAUCCUGUCUGACCUCCCUGGCUGUUUCUGUCCACACGUGGUUACAGCCUGGUUACAGCUUCAUGUAUAAACCCAACUGUAAGCCCAAGUUCUCAAAUAAACCAGUUUGAGUAAUAUGAAAGUUUGACAUCCUCAUCUAACAUCGGCUGUUGUGAUAUAAGUAACUUAAUGAUGUAGUAGUGAUGGUAUUUUUCUCACACGUAUUUGUCAGAUAUGCCAUACAGUAUAUGUGACAGCUGUAGGACUUUGUUGAGUAUAUGGAAGGCAGUUGAGGACCUGAGUUUGGCUUAACACGUGGUAGCAUUUUCAUUUUUUGGUUGGUACCCAACUGUGUAUAAUGGAAUACAAGCCUUAGAUUCUUAGCCAUAACCCAUAAUGCACAAACUGACAUUACUGUGUAUGGAUUCAAUAAAGAGACCCUAUUUUAAGCUAUCUAGGCCUGUUUACUUAAGCUCAUCUUAUUUCAAUGUAAAUAUCAAGUGUGACAAGAUCAGUCACUGUGAAAUUACACUUGGUAGAUUUGUAUGUAUUAGGAUGUUAGGAGUAGCCCUUCUUGAAGACUAAGAGGAAAUGAGACUAAGACCUUAGUGACACGCUCCUUUCAUUUCCUCCUGAGCUGCCAGCUAUGAAUAGAUUUAAUGAAUGGUUUUCCUUAGCUGAUAAAAACCCUUUUAACUGUGGAUGUGAGAACGAGUGAGAGGGAUUUCUUUGUCUUUUUAGACAGUUGGAAAACUGGGACUUGGUUGAUUUCUUACUGUAUUUUCAUUAUGAAGCAUAUCUUAUAAUAAAGACUGGAAACAGAAAAAAAAACUUGCCUAGCUGUGUCCAUAGGUGACAAAACUGGAAAUUUAACAUUUAUGCUUUUUGCCAGAGAGUGAAAAUGAUCAAUGAGUUUCAUGAAGGGUAAAUAAAAGUCCUUAAAACCA